UGGAGUCAGUCAGGAACAAUAAAGUACAGACUGUCAGAGGGAUUUGUGGCCAUUUCGUUUUCUUUUCUGUAUUAGCAGCAGAACUGGAGAAAGAGUGCUUUUAAAACACAUUCGCAUAAAAAGGAUAAAGGAUAAAGAUCUUGAGAAGUUGCUCAGUUUAUGCAAUGUUCUCUGAGUAACCACAAAACAGAGAGAAGUGCAGCGGGUAGUGCAUGUCUGAGAAGUACAUCUUACAGAAUGGAGGGCUGUGUCAUUUCACCUUCACCAGAAGAAAUGAUUGCGUAUGAUCAAGUUUGUCGGCCACCGUAUGACUUUUACCCAUACCUGUCAAGCGAUCCAGAUGGUCAUUUUGAGAGUGGCUGGGACUACCACACUGUUCAUGCUCACCAGAGUGAGCUGGAGGUCCCUCAAAGUAAUUACUUAACAGAACUGCAUCCUGCCCCACAUUGCUGUGUCGGUCUGGAGUCCUACCACCCCACUCUGGAUUCAGGCCUGGGGCCACUUCUGCCUGGGGUUCCUCCUCAGUUUGCAUACGUCUCUCACCCGCUGUACCAGCGCUCCCCUCCUGCCCACUGCAGCACAGAUGAUGAAGACACAGGGGGACGCAGCCCACCCUUCGAGGUGUCUGAGGGGGAAGAGGACCAUGAGGAUCAGCAUGCAAGCACCUCCAGCACCAUGACAGGCAACAAAAGAAAAAUGCGCCUCUAUCAGUUCCUCUUGGAACUGCUAAGAGAUGGGGAUAUGAAAGACUGCAUUUGGUGGGUGGACAGAGAGAGAGGCACCUUUCAGUUCUCUUCCAAACACAAGGAGGCUCUAGCCAGCCGCUGGGGGAUGCAGAAGGGCAACCGGAAGAGAAUGACCUAUCAGAAGAUGGCCAGGGCCCUACGCAAUUACGGCAAGACGGGAGAGGUCAAAAAGGUCAAGAAGAAACUGACCUACCAGUUCAGCAGUGAGGUGCUGAGGAGGAUGUCAGCAGAGAGGAAGUAUCACUAAGAGAAAGAAAGGAUUGCCACUGCACUGGGCUGCAAAACUUCUGCAGAACAUCAAGGUCUAUUUUCCUCUAUAGUUUGUCUCAGGGACUCCACACUAGAUAAAUAGUUCUAGGACCACUAUUUGUAAGGAAUAUAUAAAUAUUAUUUUGUUUUCUCAUGUACAGAAAGCUGGAGCUUAUAAAACGAGAAAAAAAAUGCUUGACAGACUUAAGCUUCAUAAAUUGUUUCAUAACUCUAUAGAAGUUUAUCAUCCUAAAGGAAAAAUUAGGAGUACACUGAUUUAAAAAUGUCUCUGUAUUAAUUGAAGCACCUGGAGAUCUAACUUCCUGCUUAGUUCAACUGCUACUAGUGAUGAGUCAUUUGCCAGCAAGUUGGCUCUUUCAAGUGAAUACUGAUAUAAUAUUGUUUAACUGUUUGUUUAUUUGGGUAAAUGAAGAUGAGAAGAAGUUAGGCCUUAUGAUGCUCACCACAUACAAAUGCAUCCAAUGAAAUUUGUUUGACACAGAUUAAUGAUUUACAGCCAAAUCUAGCAAUAAUGGUGAAAAGUGCUUGGCUCAGACUUGUAGCUUAGGCUCUGAUUGCAUUGCUGCUUGCUAAGCUGAUGCGUGUCAUGUAGUGUCUUGCUGUUUGUACAUUUAUUUAAUAGUUCUUGUGACAAACACAGUGCAAAUUAAUGUUAUUUUGUUGAUUAAGAGUAAGAUUUCCUUGAACACUUUAAGUGAGAGGUGUCCAAUCUUAUGCACAAAAGGCCAGUGUGGAUGCAGGUUUUCCAGUCAAGCAGGAGCUCACCUGAUUCCACUAGUUUAAUCGAACAACCAAUCAUGGGUUCUUCUGCGUUUUGGGAAGAAAACCUGACACACCUGCUUUAAGUGAUCAUCACUGAUCAUAACAUCACUAACCCAGGGUGAUUUUGGGAGCUGAAAGAGCUGGCUCUUAUUGAUGAGCUUGGUCAUUUGAUCUGACUCAAUAAAUAGAAGGCAGAAAUACCAUCAAAAUCACAACACAAACCUCAAAACUCUUUAUCAACUUGGUAAAAGCCCCCUGAAAAAAAGGCUGAUCAGUUAGAGCCAGUGUGGCAGAUUAGCCCUGGGACCAGACAGGAAGGUAGAUCUCCAGGAGGCAGGGGUGACCACUAGAUUGGAGAACUUGUUGUGUACUGCCCCCUGUAUGUUCAACAUGUACAUUGCGUACAAAAGUCCAGUACAUUUUCAUUUUUGAAUCUCUGUAUGUGAUAAAAGGUUCUUGCAUGGUCAGUGAUAACAGGAAAAAAAGUUACAGAGACAUAGCUUUUUAUUUAUGUUUUAAACAAAUACAUCUAUAAAUCUUUGAGAAUCUAAACUUAAUGGCUUUUGUGGUGGUCUGUUGACAUUUGAAUUUUAAAAAUUUCACUUAAAGAAUAAAGAAAAACUGAAAUGAGCAAGGUGAAAGUAAUCUCAGUGUGAUCUUGAUUAAAACACUACUGCUAUGUGUCAUAGAAUA